UGCCGGCCGGCCGAGGCCGCCGCCGGGCGGGGCACUCGGCAGCGGGGGAGGCGGUGCUGCUGCAGCCACCGCCGCGCCCCUGGGGCCCCUGGGCUCGGCCCGGCCCGGAUCAAUCCCGCGCCGCCGCCGCCGCCGCCGCCGCCCAGGUGCUCGCUGCAGGGCGCAGGUGCUUAAAUAGCGGCGCCCGCCGCGCCGCGGCAGUUCUUCGCGCCGCGGGCAGAACAGAACCAAAAAUCCUCUGUGUAUGUGCUCUUGCAGCUGUGUAGGACAGGAAGCUGAUUCAAGGAAAGAAGCAGAAAAGUCUUUAUUGCCUGGGGAAGGAGAAGCAAGGCUUACAUACUUUGAAAAGAUCUCCUGUAGUUUUCUGCCACUUAAUGCUAACAGGAAAAAAAUACCCACAAAAAAAAACCCAACUCAUCUGCUUGAGGAGAUUCUGUUGUAAUGUAUCCAGUGGCUGUUCCUGCACCAGGAGGUGAAGGAAAUAAUGGACAACAUGGGAAACUUAUUUUUUUCCUUUUUGUAUUUGGAGCUGUGUUGCUCUGUGCUGGAUUCCUGCUUUCAGUCUUUAUUCUUCAGUCGUGCCCAUCUGGAACCUUCAGUGACUGUAACGAGGUCCUUAAGGCAGCUGGGCCUGUGCUGGCUGUAACUGGACUCGUCUGUGUUUUACUGGCACGAUCAAGGGCCAGGCUGUAUAUCAGACAAAGACAGUUGCAAAAUGAGCAGGUGUACAGUUUUGUUUUUUGUCAUGGGAGCUGUCAGUUUGCCCAGUUUCUCAUAUUUGGAUUCCUGUUUUUAACUAGUGGAAUGCUAAUUAGCAUCCUGGGCAUUUGGGUUCCUGGCUGCAGACCGGGCUGGCACGGCAUACAGCUCAACUACACCAGCAGUUCUGAUGUGGACCUCCAGGGCUGUGGAUUCCUGUCACUUCAAAUCAUGGGACCUUUGAUUGUGCUCACUGGGUUGUGUUUCUUCGUGAUAGCUCAUGUUAAAAAGAAACAAAACUUAAAUCUCAACCAAGAAUCUUGCGAAAAUGAAGAACAUCCUCAGAGCUCUGAAUCUUUUCAGGUUACAGUAGGUGAUGCUGUAAUGGUAUUCCCACCUCCACCACCUCCUUAUUUUGCUGACCCUGUGUCACCAACUGUGACACAUUGUCUUAUGUCAAGUGGUUUGCCAACAAGUGAAAAUCCUCCACCAUACCACUCUAUCUUCAGUGAUGGAGCACAGCUUGCAGAUGAUGAAAGAAUGGUUGCUGUUAGAGACUAUGAAACUGUAUAUACAAUUUCUGGAAGCAGCUCACCUUCAGAUAUUUUACCAAUGUUGUACCUCUCCUCUGAAUCACCUCCAAAAUAUGAAGAAAAAGCAUCAAUAACAAAUACUGAGUACUCUUCAUCAUCAUCUUCAUCUUCUUCAUCUGUUUCCUUAGCCACAUCUGACACUAGCUCAUAGAGGACUGUUUACUAGACUUCAUUUUUAAAUUAAAUUGUACAGUGAGAGUUACAAUUUAUGAAUUUAUUUACAUUUUGUAAUAAAAGCAGUAAUGUUGUCUGUGUCUAAUUUUUCACCAAAAAGCAUGAAUGAUGAACUUGGGUUUUAAGAAAUAUUAGAUAUUGCUGGGCUUCUGAGCAAGUAGUCUGAAGGGAUUCAGUUGACUGCAAGAAUGUUAAAUGCUCAUGUUGUUCUGUUACAACUUCAGUUUCUGUUUUUAGUUGUCCUUUAUAUAACGGAGGCACUGAGACCAACUCUUUUUGCUUAUUUUAAUUAAAUCUUGGAGCUUCAAAAAAGAAA